AUGGCGGAUAACGACGCUCCCGUUACCCUGCGAACUCGCAAGUUCAUCCGCAACCCCCUGCUUGGCCGCAAGCAGAUGGUGGUUGACAUCCUCCACCCCGGCCGUGCCAACAUCUCCAAGACUGAGCUCAGCGAGAAGCUCGCCAGCCUGUACAAGGCCCAGAAGGAGCAGGUCCAGGUCUUUGGCCUGCGCACCCAGUUCGGUGGCGGCAAGACCACCGGCUUCGCCCUCAUCUACGACUCCCCCGAGGCUCUGAAGAAGUUCGAGCCCAAGUACCGCCUGAUCCGGGUCGGACUCGCUACCAAGCCCGAGCGUGCCAGCAGACAGCAGCGCAAGCAGCGCAAGAACCGACAGAAGACCCUGCGCGGAACCGCAAAGGUCAAGGGCGCCAAGGCGAAGAAGGAGAAAUAA